CCGCCCGCCGUCACGCCCCUGUCCCGGCGGCCCCCGGUGGCGGCCAUGGCGGAUGGCGGCGGCAACGCGCGGGGGGCAGCGAGCCCCGGGGUGCUGAGGCGAUGGGAGCGGCUGCGGGCGGCGGCGGCGGCGGCGCCCUGGGCUCGGGGGCUGCUGGCGGUGGCCGCCGGGCUCGGACUCUGCUACGCGGUGCUGCGGGUCCCGCUGCGGGUCCGGGACAGCCUGGCGGGCGUGACUGUGUUCCUAAGCACUUUGACUCCAAAAUUCUACUUUGCUCUUACAGUGACUUCAUCUUUUAUAUCUGGACUGAUAUUUGUGUUUGAGUGGUGGCAUUUCCGAAAAUACGGCACGUCCUUCAUCGAGCAGGUUUCUGUCAGCCACCUCAGGCCCCUGAUCGGGGGGGUGGAGAGCAGCCCUGCAGCCCCUGCUGCCUUCUCAGCUGGAGAGAGUGAGAGCAGCAGGCAGAGCAUGCCAGAGUGCAAAGUGUGGCGAAAUCCUCUCAAUCUUUUCAGAGGGGCAGAGUAUAGCAGAUACAUGUGGGUGACUGGGAAGGAGCCCCUGACAUACUAUGACAUGAAUUUAUCUGCUCAAGAUCAUCAGAACUUCUUCACGUGUGACACGGACGCCCUUCGCCCUUCAGAUACAGUUAUGCAGAAAGCCUGGCGAGAGAGGAACCCCCAAGCCCGGAUCAAAGCAGCCUAUCAAGCUUUGGAGCUGAACAAUGAUUGUGCCACUGCAUAUGUUCUCCUGGCUGAAGAAGAAGCAACAACUAUUGUGGAUGCUGAGAGGUAUUUCAAACAGGCUCUGAAAGCAGGAGAAAUGAUUUACAGAAAGUCUCAGAACUGCCAUUCCCAGAGUCCCCAGCAUGAAGCACAGCUGAGAAGAGAUACCAAUGUAUUGGUAUAUGUGAAAAGGAGACUAGCUAUGUGUGCAAGAAAACUUGGAAGAAUACGAGAAGCAGUAAAAAUGAUGAGAGAUUUGAUGAAAGAAUUUCCACUUCUCAGCAUGCUGAAUAUUCAUGAAAACCUCCUGGAGGCACUGCUGGAGUUACAGGCUUAUGCAGAUGUCCAGGCAGUUUUAGCAAAGUAUGAUGAUAUCAGUCUUCCAAAAUCAGCAGCAAUAUGUUACACAGCAGCACUGUUAAAAGCCAGAGCUGUUUCAGAAAGGUUCUCCCCAGAAACUGCCUCUAAAAGAGGGCUCAGUACAGCAGAAAUUAAUGCUGUGGAAGCAAUUCACAGAGCUGUGGAAUUUAACCCUCAUGUUCCAAAGUAUUUACUAGAAAUGAAAAGCUUGGUGCUGCCUCCAGAGCAUAUUCUGAAGCGAGGGGACAGUGAGGCUGUAGCAUAUGCUUUUUUUCACCUUCAGCACUGGAAGAGGAUAGAAGGGGCUCUAAAUCUGCUGCACUGCACAUGGGAAGGCACAUUUAGGAUGAUCCCGUACCCAUUAGAGAAAGGUCAUCUUUUCUAUCCCUACCCGAGCUGCACAGAGACAGCAGACAGAGAACUGUUGCCAACAUUUCACGAAGUCUCCGUUUACCCACAGAAGGAGCUUCCCUUUUUCAUCCACUUCACAGCAGGCCUGUGUUCCUUCUCUGCAAUGCUUGCCCUGCUCACACACCAGUUUCCUGAGCUGAUGGUCAUUUUUGCUAAGUCUGUGCUGAGGGUGCUGUGGCCAGUGAGUGCUCCCAGUGUUCUGACCUCCAGCUGAGUGGACCAACCAGGUGCUUUGGGACUCUUCACCCUUCGGCUUCAUUCUGGAAAAUGUUGAGAUCCUCCUUCUCUCCAGUCUCUGGCACUGGCUGACUGCAGUGUGACUGGGGUUUGCUGUCUGUGCAGUUUCCUUGUUCUCAGGAGCCUCACACCCCACUGGUUAGCUGACCCCUAAGUGUGGGGACAAGGAAAGAGACUGUGCUGUUCAAAUUGGUGUCUUUGACAGACUUCCAUGUUGCUCGUGGUGCUUCAGAUACAAAUUUCUUCUUUGGCCUUAGUCUGUAAUCAUCUAAGAAAAUAGUUUUUGUUGAGCAAUACCUUAUUGCUCUCUUAAUGGCUUGUACAACUGGAAGCUAAUACUUCCUCUGUAAGUAAGGAGAGGAUGUGAGCUGAACAGAUGUUUGGAGUAUUGACACUUCCUUCUCAGCUGCAGAUGCACCAGAUGAUUGGCUUAGAUUUAAUUUUAUAAGCCUUUUUCAAAAUAUUUGUUAACAGCAAAGUAUGGUUCUGCUUUCUUUAUUAAAAGGUUGCUGCUU